AUGACUCAUGCGGAGAUCGACCAUAUUCUGACAAAAAGAAGAUGGUGCCUACUUGAUAUAUCGGUAAUUCCGUCAUUCAGUACUGAUUCCGAUCACCGCCUUUGCGCGAAGAUUCGAUUCAGCCGCAAGCUGGAAAAGAACUCUCUUCAUCGAUCACGAGGAAAAAGUCUAGUUGUAUACGACAAGAACAUUGUGAGCGAAGUCCUGUCCAAACGCGACUGGCAGAUUAAAGAAUACCUGACCGAAGACUACGAGCUGCUCGUCGAAGGACUGAAAGCUGUGUCCAAUUCGCCUCAGUUCCUCAAGCAAGAAAAUCGCAUCGCAUCUCCAUCACUACUUAGGAGUUGCUGGAAAACAGAAGGGAUCUGA